CUCCAGCCGUCCGGUUGGGCUUGUCACGGCACCGCCUACUGAGCCGGGCGAUUAAGACGCUAGGAUAGGCUCCUCUCCACCGGAAAAGGCGGGAUUUAGACCACGCCCCGCAGACCGGCGGAAGUAGCUGAUGCUCUCAUUGGUUGCAAGAACUUGAUCUGUGAAAGCGGGCGUUUCGGAGGAGACCGGAAGUACAGUCACGGAGAGGUAUUAAGAAAUGGAGAGAAAAAUAAGCAGAAUCCAUCUUACUUCUGAACCCAAUAUUGCUCAUUUUCUACAAGUAUCUUGGGAGAAAACACUGGAAUCUGGUUUUGUUAUUACACUUACUGAUGGUCAUUCAGCAUGGACUGGGACAGUUUCUGAAUCAGAGAUUUCCCAAGAAGCUGAUGACAUGGCAAUGGAAAAAGGGAAAUAUGUUGAUGAACUGAGAAAAGCAUUGGUGUCAGGAGCAGGACCAGCUGAUGUAUACACAUUUAAUUUUUCUAAAGAGUCUUGUUAUUUCUUCUUUGAGAAAAACCUGAAAGAUGUUUCAUUCAGACUUGGUUCCUUCAACCUAGAGAAAGUUGAAAACCCAGCUGAAGUCAUUAGAGAACUUAUUUGUUAUUGCUUGGACACCAUCGCAGAAAAUGAAGCCAAAAAUGAGCACCUGCAGAAAGAAAAUGAAAGGCUUCUGAGAGAUUGGAAUGAUGUUCAAGGACGAUUUGAAAAAUGUGUGAACGCUAAGGAAGCUUUGGAGACUGAUCUUUAUAAGCGGUUUAUUCUGGUGUUGAAUGAGAAGAAAACAAAAAUCAGAAGUUUGCAUAAUAAAUUAUUAAAUACAGCUCAAGAACAAGAAAAGGACAUCAAACAAGAAGGGGAAACUACAAUCUGUUCUGAAAUGACUGCUGACCGAGAUCCAGUCUAUGAUGAGAGUACUGAUGAGGAAAGUGAAAACCAACCUGAUCCCUCUGGGUCGGCUUCAGCUGCUGUAAGUAAAGAUGAUUCCAUUAUUUCAAGUCUUGAUGUCACUGAUAUUGCGCCAAGUAGAAAAAGGAGACAGCGAAUGCAAAAGAAUCUUGGGACAGAACCUAAAAUGGCUCCUCAGGAGCAUCAGCUUCAAGAAAAGGAAAAUUCCAGGCCUGAUUCUUCACUACCUGAGACAUCGAAAAAGGAGCACAUCUCAGCUGAAAACAUGUCUUUAGAAACUCUGAGAAACAGCAGCCCAGAAGACCUCUUUGAUGAGAUUUAACAGUCUCAAAAAACACUUUGAUGUUCACUAGACUAUGUUUUCUAUUCAUUUCUUUAAAAUGAAAAGGCAGAAUUUCAAGUUAGCAGCUAUUACUGUACCUUACAAUUUAAUUACAUACACACUGAAUUGAAACCAUUGUGCGAAAUGAAUUACACAUGUAUACGAAGAUAGUAUUUGAUGAUGACACUGGCACAUUAUUCUAAACUAUUCAUUCAGCAUGCCUGUAAUUACCUAAAAUUUCAGACUUUUUGUUGCAAAGGCCACAUUUAUCAUAUUCACUCACACAUAUUAUAUGUGAUAGCUAUCUAACAUCCUGUCUAGGAAGAUUUUGAAAAUAGGACAAAGAAAACAUCCUUUUAAAAUGUCUUCAGCCUUUUUUGAAUAGACAUAUUAAAACAUAUUCUGAACACUGAUGUUUGAGCAUUUUAAUUUGUGUAAUGAUGUAUAAAAUAUAAUUUUAGUUUGUACAUAAACAUUCUGAAAAUCUGACAAUAAAAUUUUUGAUACAUU